CUUCUCUGCCACCCCGUCAUCUUGUCGUCGCCGCCUCCUUUCCAGCCCUCUGCCAACAUCACCGACCGUCCACUGUCUCCCGCAGCGACAAGAUUAGGUUUGCUCGCUGCGAUGGCUCCCUCUAGCAAGAAUGCUGCUGCGGCCAAGGACCGGCGAAAAUCGAACAACACCGCUGCCGCCGCCACCACGGCCAACGCCGCCGCCCGCGCAACCUCACCCAAGACGAGCCUCAUUGUCACGCUGAAGGUGACGCCCGAGAAGUUACGGGCCAUCAUCGACCCGGACUUUGUCAAGGAAGACAGCCCGGCCAAGCAGUCCACCACGGCAGCGCCCAAUUCCAACGCAGAGAACGCAUCGGACUCGACUCCGAACUCGCCGUCGGCAGGCACACCGGCGGCCCAGUCUGCCUCCAUGGGGCCGCCCACCGAGGGCCCCAAGAAGAAAGGGGUCAAAAGAAGUGCCGGGGCCGCUGCAAUUGGCAACGGCGAACCCAAGGCCCGGGGAAAACCUGGUCCCAAGAAGAAGCAAAGGCUCGAGGACGGAACCGUCGAAGGCGGGCGGGGCACUCUUGCUCCACACAAGCUUGGACCCAAGGCCAACCAAGGCGCCAUCAACGCGGGCCUGCGGGCGCUGGAUCGGUCGGGUAAGCCCUGCCGGAAGUGGACCAGGGGCGGGUUCAAACUCAAAAGCUUCACUGGUGUCGUCUGGGAGAUCCCGCGGUGGAAAGCGCCGCCGAAGUCCCAGCCCGAGUCGUCGGCCGACGGAUCCACGCCCGCGUCGGUCGACAGCAGCAACAAGGAGAACAAGGAGGACGCCAGCCAGGUGAAGAGCGAAGCAAGCCACAACGGCGAGGAUAUCGAGAUGCAGAGCGCCCCGAGCCUGGCCGACGGCCACUCACCGGCGCCUGUUCCCGCCGCCGCUGCUUGAGCGUUUCACCCGGGCUGCGUCCGGCCGCACCAACCGCUUCUGUUGUUACUGUUCGUUGUUUUAUACAUACACGGGUUGCUAGGAUGAAGGGGGGUUUUAUUGGGCAUCGCAACGGGGGAGUUCAGGCGCAGUCUGUACAAGGGCAAAUGGAAAGGAGGUUGAGCGCUCCGUCGUCUGCGUGAUUCGGUAGAGCGCACUCGACGAGCCGGCCAGGCGUUUUGGAGUCCAGGACCGUCGCCGACGCCCCAAGGGUCAGUCAGCCAUUGUACAAUAGUUACGAUACACAGGCAUGGUUUUCUGCAGGCAUCUGGCAUGCGGGGAGGGGUUCAGCAACUAGGGCA